AUGGAGGAAAAUCGUAAGCGUCAUUGCUGGGAGUGUUUACGGCGCUGCCUGGUCUGUGACUUCGCCCAGCCUUCUUGCAAGCGUUGCUCCGCGUCAGGAACAGCAUGUCCUGGCUAUGGCGAUGUUAAACCGUCAACAUUGAGAUGGCUCGAGCCUGGAAAAGUUGUUUCUCAGACGCGAAGGCGAAGGGCAGCUUGCACUGCGAAAGAUGCGAGCAAGACCCGCGGACUCGUGGUGAGGACGAGGGCUGAGGAAAUGAAGAUUCCUCGCUUUGAAAUGAAGACAGCAUCCCAUGCUAUCGUCCAGGCCGCGGAGUACUAUAACAGCUGCAUAUAUCCCGACCUCGCACCUAUACAGGGGCUUGGACACAAUCCUCAUAUAUACCGUAUCCUGCCUUCGCACAUACGAGCCUCAGUCGCUCUGCCAGAUUUCAUAUCGCUUGGUGUUGUCUGCAUAACUCUGAACCAUCGGAUACACCGCAUACGGAACAAGUCUCAGUGCGGCGAUUUAGUGAAGACAUAUCAUCAGUACAGAGGAAGCGUUAUCCGCUCGCUCAACGAGACUCUUAAUACUGAAUCUCAGCGAAUAGCAGAUGUUGUCGUUGCCGGGAUUCUCACACUCUUACUGGCGGAUGCCCAGCAAGGAGACUCCCCGUGCUGGCGAUGGCACAUCGAGGCGGUACGAAGAAUAAUCACACUGCGCGGCGGUAUCCGUGCCAUGGCGAAUUCAAAAGCCUUGCGACCUCUACUACUAGUCUUUGUGUGCACUGUUGUUAUGGGUAACACGACCUCGCCUGCCUCUGACCUGGCUAUAGCGAGCCCCUAUUCCGACGAACUGGACUUUGUACUUAAACAGGCCGGCCCUGGCAUAUCGCCGUUCCAAAUGUGUCCCCCCCUGCUUCUAGCCGAUAUCGUCAAAAUCAAUCGCCUUCGGAUGAAGGCUACGAAACGUGAAGCUGGCACAUCGGAGGCGCUACAACAGGAGGCAUAUAGAGUUCUCGACUCUAUCGACAAGUUCUCCCCAGAACAAUGGGGGGAGUCCAUGCCUCUGUCAAAGGGUGAUUGGAAGCUUUUGGGGACCGUAUACCAAGUCGCCGCCUUGGUAUACUGUAUUUCUUCCCUUCAGUCUCUCUCUAUUCUUCCUAUAACCCCGCCACUGAGGGUGCGAUGUGCUUCACAUGGCAGGGUCCUACGGAUACUUCUUGAGACGACGUUAUCAUCUCCCCAACUGAAGAGAUUUAUGAUGUGGCCACUGAUCGUACUUGGUGUAGAGGCUCUACAUGGCGUCGCAACUAUACGUUCUUUCGUUAAGGAACAGCUGCUCGAGAUGAGCCGUUAUACCGGAUCAUAUGCGCCACUAAUGGCGAAGUCUGUGCUUGAAAAAUUCUGGGAUUCUGGAGCAACAAAUUGGGAUUCUUGCUUUAGUCGGCCUUACCUAUUUACUGCGCAGCUUUCUGUAGAUAUGAGCGAGAUUCUUUUAUCGUGA